AUGAUUUUAAAUAAUGUAAAUUUAGUUUGUUUAAAUGUUGGUUGGCUUAAUGAGUUAUGUUUUAAUAUAGUACAAAAUUUAAGUAUAUUUAAUAUUAUUUUAUUAUUUAGUGUUGUUGGGGUCCUUUUUAGAUUUCAUUUUUUACUUUAUAUUCUCUUGCUUUUGCUCUACAGGCAAGAGCAAAAGCCGCGUAGUGCCUACAAAAUUAUCUACCUGCUCUUUGUUGCUUUCGCGCUCGUUCUUGAACACGACAAGACCGAGUUGUUCCACUUUUCGCGUCGACGAGACGCCUACAAUCCCUCGCUGGAUUUGGGGUACGCCCCACAUACCGGUGCUACACCCUUGAAGCCCAAGACCUAUUGGAGGUACUUGGGCUUCUACUUUGACUGCGGGCUUACUUUUCAUGAGCACAUUCACUACUACACCACCAAGGCGUUUACCACUGUGCAGGCCAUGCGCAUGCUCGGGAACUCUACUAGAGGGCUCUCGCCUAAACAGCGCCGCCUCUUAUAUAGGUCGUGCGUGGUUCCUAUUGCCACAUACGGCUAUCGUCUCUGGUACUUUGAUGGCGCCCGCAAUAAGGGCGCGAUGAACCAGUUGAAACGGAUGCAGCGAAAAGCUGCUCUAUGGAUCACGGGUGCUUUCCACACCUCACCCACAGGCGGUCUUGAGGCCUUAGCAGGUCUCAUCCCCGUCCACCUUAUGCUGAAGAAGCUGGCAACACACGCAGUGUACCGUGGCCCCACCCUCUCGGACACUCACCCUCUUCGCUCUAUGAUGGGCAAGGGACUUCUUAAGCAAGCUGCACCACAUGCCCGCUCAGCCGCCUUGAUGACCCCAGCCAUGCGGGGGAAAGUCAAGAGCACCGUUAUGGAGGUGGACGAGCGUGUCCACACCUUAACUGAGAGCUUUGAGCCUUUUGCGCCUGAGGCUCGCCCAGGCGAUCAGUUACUGGACCGCUAUGCGGACCAUCUCCACUUUGACGAACACGAUCCUACCCAGGAUAGGCGUCCAUAUCUAGACGAGCUCAUCGCGAAAGCGAGGGCCGACCCACUAACAGUACUGGCUGCAACUGAUGGCUCUGUCCCUCAGUCCAACCAGUAUCAGGCAGCUUCGGCAGCCAUCAUCUACAAGGGACACCGCAAGCUCGAGAGGACUUGCUAUGUCUCUGGCAGAGUUACUGCCCCAGAUGCGGAACUCAAUGCCAUCUCGUGCGCAGUGCGCCUUGCGGUCAAGCAGGCAAACUGCCAACAUAUUAUGGUCUUUACCGACUCCAUGGGCUCGGCCCAUAGAGCAGUUGACCCCGGCGUGCACUCUGGUCAGGCUUUUAGCCUGUCAGUUUGUCGCGUUCUUAAAGAGUGGUUUGAGGCGGAUGAUCUCCGCCGCAUUACCUUCGUCUACGUCCCAUCUGCUCUGCGGUGGGAUAUCCAUGGUGAAGCACACAAGUACAUCACCGAGCUCAAAGUCAGGGUUGGACGUCGCAAGACGGACAACUCUAUAGACGCGCUACGCUCCCAAGCCGCACACUCAGUCCUGGAUUCGUGGAAUUACACUUUCCAGGAUCCAACCUACCAAGGCUCUGAAUUCUUAGAGCUUCAACAGCCUGACGGGCAGCUGCUACAGCCAUCGUACCUCAAUGGGGGACCUUGGCUGUCAACUUUCGGACACAGUAUCACUGAGUUUGCUCGCGUUUGCUGGUGUAUAACUGGCCACGCACCCAUUGGAGCAUAUUACCAUCGCUUCAAGAUCAACGAGCCUCAUGGCUGCACUUGUGGGGCUGCUUUGCAGUCUUGCCAGCACGUCCUCUUUCACUGUCGCGAUCGCUACUCCGUGCAUUACCCCCGCUUUCUUGGGGAUAUUGCAUCUUUUAUGAAGUACAACCCUACGGCGUUUGGCUUCAACCGGGACCCUUCGGGUGUUGGAUAA